UGUAAUGCAGGUGAAGUAAUUGUGUUGAACAUAACGUAGAUGAUGUUGUGAUGGUGAUGUAAACUUGGCUCCCAUCCACUGCUGCAACUAGAGCCUUGUGAACACUGAGUGCUGGGAAGUCUCAGGGGAUAUCAGCAAAAAGCAGGUUCUGACAUGAUGGAUGCCUUUUGGAGAUCCGCUGGUAUAUAAUGCCCUGGAUGUAAAGCAUAAGAGCCUCCUGUGUGUGUAUAUCUGAUUUUGGAGUAGUUAGCGAGCAGACGUAGGGGCUCGGAGAGUGUCCGUCUGCCCACAAUGGAGUUAGCUCACAGCCUUCUCCUGAAUGAGGAGGCUCUCAAACGGAUACCUGAGUCCAAGAGGCCUGUCUUUGUCUUUGAGUGGCUUCGCUUCCUUGAUAAAGUCCUCCGAGCUGCCCAUUCCUCCAAAGUCGGACAUCAAAGGAAGUCAGAAUAAGCUCAUAGAACAAUUGACCAAUCAGAUCAGUGAAUCGCCGGGUCCUCCAACACGGAAAUUACUCGCACGCUGUCUGGCAACUUUGUUCAGCGUCGGUGACACGUUUGAACUGUUCAACACCAUCAAUAAGUGCAAUGACGUCAUCAGAAACAAGGAUGAUUCUCCCAGCUACCUGCCAACCAGACUGGCUGCCAUCACUUGUCUGGGUGCCAUGUAUGAAAAACUUGGCAGAAUGGUCGGCAGGUCCUUUGAAGAAACAGUACAGAUUCUCAUAAAAUCUCUUAAAAAUGCUGAGUCUCAAGGUCGAUGUGAGAUCAUGAUGACCUUGGAAAAGGUGGUGGCGGGCCUGGGGUCUGCAGGAGGGUCCUGUCACAAGGACAUCUACAAGGCGGCCCGGCAGGCCAUGACAGACCGAGCGAUGUCUGUGCGAGGAGCAGCUGCCAAGUGCAUGUAUCAACUGGUCAAUGAGGCUCCCUUCAUGUACACCAAUGAGCUGGAAACAGUGGCCUCCCUUUGUUUCCGAGCUCUGGAUGGCUCCAACUAUGAUACCCGCUGUGCUGUUGCAAAGCUCCUUGGCAACCUGAUGGCCACAGCACAAGCCCCUCGACAACCACAAGUGAGAGGGCGAUCGGUAAAGUUGAUGGAUGUUCUGAACAUCCUAGCUGCGGGUUUCCUUCGAGGGGGUAUUGGCUUCCUGAAGGGGUCUACUGCCGGGGAGAUGAUCAAGGGGACUGGCAAUGUCAACAGGGAGAUACGUGUUGGAGUCACACACGCAUACGUGGAGUUCAUCAAGUGCAUGGGCGGCCUGUGGCUGGAGAGGAACAUCUCCGUCUUCCUGAACCACAUCCUGGAGGUUGUCGCUAAUCCAAGGGCCACUCCAUCGCACGUAGACGCUGUGUACGCCAGAAAGUGUGUCCUCUUUAUAAUCCGCUCGGCCAUUGGGGGCAUGCUUGGAGAAAAAGCACAGAUAGCAGCAGCCAAAGAGAUAUGUCAGAUCAUCAUCAAACAAAUGAACUCAGUUGGUGAAGCUACCAUCGACGCUGCUGAAGGGAAAUCCCAGGGUGCAGACCUCACCGCCAGUCAGCAUGUGUUGGUGUGUGCGCUACAUGAACUCGGCAGUCUGGUGCUCAGGCUGGGCAGCUCAGCAAGUCCACUUGUUGCUGAGCCUGCUACAGGUAUCAUUGAGCCAGUGGUGUCUGUGCUGAUUCAUCCAAGUCAUGCAGCCCGUCUGUCAGCAUCCUGGUGUCUGGGCAGCAUAGCUGUAGCGCUGCCGUCACAGUUGACGCCCCUGCUGGACCGGUGUGUGGAGAGGAUGGAGAAGCUAAAGUCGUCCCCGGAGGCAGUGUCCGGCUACAGCAGCGCUCUAGCAGCACUUCUUGGAGGGGUCUACCAGUGCCCUCUAGGCAUUCCACAUGCAAAAGGAAAGCAAAUCUUCACAAUAGCAGAGGAGUUGUUGAGGACAGCGUCCCAGAACAGCCGUUUGUCUCUGCAGAGAACCCAGUCAGGCUGGCUUCUGCUUGGCGCCCUCAUGACUCUAGGUCAGUCAGUCGUCAAGAACCAUCUUCCCCGAAUGUUGCUGUUGUGGCGGAAUGCCUUCCCACGAUCCAGUCGAGAGCUGGAGUCGGAGAAGGUGCGGGGUGACGCCUUCACGUGGCAGGUUACGCUGGAGGGAAGAGCCGGUGCUCUUGGAGCUAUGCACAGUUUCCUUCUGUAUUGUCGGGAGUUGGUCACAGAAGAUGUCAUUCGCCGUCUGCUUGCACCGAUGGAGUGUGCAUUGCUGAUGUUGUCUCACCUGCCUAGCAUCAUCAAGCUGUAUGGCCCCCACUUAAAGGCCAGCGCUGCCAUGGUGAGACUGAGGGUGUACGACGUGUUGUCACUGCUGCCGCCAGAGUCUUUUGAUGGAAUGUUCCCAAUGUUGUUGCGGGAGCUGGUGGCAGAGUUUACCUUGACCGACAAUCCAGCAACAACAACGACUUCACUGCUGCGAUCCAUGUGCCACGUUGAUGACAGUGUCAUACUAGGGUCAUGGCUGCAAGAGACGGACCACAAGGCCAUUGAGGACCAGAUUGAACCUAAUCGUAGGGUGGAUAAGGAGUUCCUGCAGCCAAACAGUGCGUCUGGUUCGGGGGCUCUGGAACAUGAUGCACAGUAUCUUUAUGCAAGAUGUCCUCCGAGUGAUCCCGUACCAGGACCAUUGCCACUAGGUGUCGCUGUCAUCGACAGUUCUGUACGGUUGUAUGGGUUCAUCUUCCCCCGAGUAGCACACAAACAUCGUUAUCAGAUGCUCAACCACUUCAAUGAAUGUAUCAAACAAGCUAAAUCAUCACGACAACAGGCCGUACAGAUGAACAUCUUCACUGCAGUGCUGUGUGCACUGAAGAGUCUGUCUGAAACAAAGACAAGCAUUGGAACAGAUGAUGUAAAGAAAGCAGCCUUUUCCCUUAUCAUGGGUGCACUGAGCAGUGCCAACCCCAUCUUGAGGUGUGCAGCUGGCGAAGCCCUGGGUCGAAUGGCCCAGGUCGUUGGGGACAGCAGGUUCAUAGCCGAGAUGGCACAGUACAGCUUUGAUAAAUUGAAAUCUGCAAGAGAUGUUGUGAGUCGGACAGGUCACUCCCUGGCUCUGGGCUGCCUCCACCGUUAUGUAGGGGGAAUGGGGUCCGGCCAGCACCUCAACACCAGCGUCAGCAUCCUCCUGGCUCUAGCACAGGACUUCAACUCACCUGUUGUACAGGUGUGGACGCUCCAUGCCCUGGCACUGAUAGCUGACUCCGGUGGGCCGAUGUUCCGGAGCUACGUGGAGCCGACGUUGUCCCUGGUGCUGCAGCUGCUGUUGUCAGUCCCACCGUCAUCCAUCGAUGUUCAUCAGUGUCUGGGAAAAUGUCUGUCAGCUCUCAUCACAUCCAUAGGACCAGAGUUGCAGGGAAACAGCGGGUCUAUUGCGACAGCGCGGUUAUACAGCUUGGUGUGCUGUGCGGUGAUGCAGGACCACCCCGACUCCCUGGUGCAGGCCGAGGCCAUCACGUGUCUGCAGCAACUGCACAUGUUUGCCCCUCGCCACGUCAACCUCACCAGCCUCAUACCCCACCUCUGUGAGAUUUUGACGAGCUCCCACCUGUUGUUGAGGCGGGCAGCUGUAGCGUGCUUACGUCAGCUGGUGACGCGGGAAGCCAGGGAGAUCAGUGAACAGGCCUUGUCCCUGUCUGGUGAAGGGAAGGAUGGGAAGUCAUGUGCCAACAUCACAGAGACCGGCCUCGAGGGGGCACUGUUUGGAAUGCUGGAUACAGAGAUAGAUGGGAAGCUGAUAUCGGAUGUGCAGGACACAAUCGACAGCUUGCUGCAGAAUCUUGCCAUUCCUAAUCUUACACGCUGGCUGAUUCUACUGAAGGAUGUGCUUUCAGCUUCUACUGACACAAGUAGCGCCAGCCCAGGUGAGGAUGAUGGAGGAGAUGACGAUGACGAUGAAGAGAGUCAGGACAUCGAUGUCAGGUUCAAGGCGGCAGAAGUAGAGAAUGCACAUCCUACAGUAGCACCCAGAUGGCCAACACGAGUGUUUGCUGUUGAGUGUUUGAGGAAGAUCAUGACGUCCUGUGAGAGUGGGGAACAUCAGUUUGACCUGGUCAAGGCGAAGGCACUGUCCGAGUCAACAGGCAAACGAUGUUACCUCUGUCUUCAUCUGUCCGACCUGAUCAGGAUGGCUUUCAUCGCAGCAACAUCCGACAGCAACCAGCUGCGGUUGACUGGUCUAGCUGCUCUUGAGGAACUUGUGACAAAGUUUGCAAGCAUCCCAGAGCCUGAGUUCCCAGGUCAUGUGAUUCUGGAGCAGUAUCAGGCGCAGGUGGGGGCAGCCCUCCGCCCCGCCUUCUCCCCAGACACGCCCUCAGAUGUGACUGCUGCAGCGUGUGAGGUGUGCAGUACGUGGAUCGGAAGUGGGGUAGCGCGGGACCUCAAUGACCUGCGGAGAGUCCACCAACUACUUGUGUCCUCUCUCAGUAAGCUGAAGACGGGCAAGUCUCAAGUCUCUCUUGUACAACGAAAGUGCUUCCACCAUGGAGAAACUGGCAGUCAUCAGAGCUUGGGCUGAGGUGUACAUUGUGGCGAUUGACCGUGAGCGAGAGAAGCAAGAGCAGAACAAGGAGAAGAUGAAGGAGGAAUAUAACGACCACAGCGGGGAGUCCCUCCUGAGUCUGGUCCAGCCAGAGUUGUCUACCCUUAGUGAGCA